AUGCACCGCCUUCCUCUUCCUUGUUCAUCUUUGCCCCGCCCCAUAAUAACACUUAACCACACCUUUUUCCUUGGGCUAAUUUUAAUCCUCCAAUGGGGUCCCCUGGGGGCCAGAGCUCAGAAUGACACUGAGCCAAUCGUGUUGGAGGGGAAGUGUCUUGUGGUUUGUGACUCCACCCCCUCGUCGGAACCGUCGGGUAACGCGUUGGGGAUGUCGGUGCGGUCGGGGGCCGGUCGAGUGGCGUUCUCCGCUGUCAGGAACACUAACCACGAACCCUCUGAGAUGAGCAACCGUACCAUGACCAUCUACUUUGACCAGAUCCUGGUGAAUGUGGGCAGCCAUUUUGACCCAGCACGCAGCAUCUUUGUGGCUCCCAGAAAAGGAGUCUUCAGUUUCUGCUUCCAUGUGGUCAAAGUAUACAACCGACAGACAAUACAGGUGAGUCUGGUAUUGAACGGACACCCGGUGAUUUCAGCAUUCGCCGGGGACCAGGACGUGACCAGGGAAGCAGCCACCAACGCUGGGUUGGUUACCAUGGAGAGAGGAGACAAGGCUUAUCUCAAACUGGAGAGAGGGAACCUGAUGGGGGGAUGGAAAUACUCCACCUUCUCUGGGUUUCUGGUGUUUCCUUUGUAG